AUGAGCGGUCGUGGUAAAGGAGGCAAAGGACUCGGAAAGGGUGGAGCGAAACGCCAUCGGAAGGUUUUGCGUGAUAACAUUCAAGGCAUCACCAAACCGGCCAUCCGUCGUCUCGCCCGUCGUGGUGGUGUGAAACGUAUCUCCGGCCUGAUCUACGAGGAAACUCGUGGUGUUUUGAAGGUGUUCUUGGAGAACGUCAUUCGUGAUGCCGUUACCUACACCGAGCACGCGAAGCGGAAGACUGUUACUGCCAUGGAUGUCGUCUAUGCCCUGAAACGCCAGGGCCGCACCUUGUACGGUUUUGGUGGUUAA